CACCUUAUAUACUGUCUAUGCGACACACCUGUCUAUGUGCGGAUUACAGCCACUAUUUUCAAACCGAGUAGUACAUCUUCCCACCAUAGACGAGCUUUGGUGGCACUUUUCGCUCUGACGCGGCUAGUGCUUGGCUCUGGCUGGCUGUCAAGAAAUAAGACUCCCAUCUCUUUUCCUGUACCAAAUGUCUCCGUGCCAGAAAGGCUCAUGAGACUCCAUUUCCAAUUUCCAGCAUGGAUGGUGCACCUGAGCUAGUCUAAACCACUUUAUUACUGUGUCUCAUUUUCACACUGCUCUCAUGCUGGAUGACAGGAGAUGAGACACUGCGGCCCUGCAGCACACCAUGAGUAUCCAGAGUCUGGGAGGAGCUAUCGGGGAUUCCCUAGGCUCUAGCCUGACGGUGCGUAUGAGCGGGGCAGGCGGCGGCCGGAGCGCUCUUUCUCUGAAGCCGCCUUCCUCCGGACGGAUUGCCUCUCUGUUCCAGGCCAUGGUCCCCACCGGUUACACCAAGCUGCAGGAGGAGCGGCUCGCCAUGGUGGACGUCGGAGCCAAGCCCGAGCCCGUCUCGCUCCAGAACGGCUACAGGCAAGAGCCGUCGCACGUAGAAGGCUCCCGACGGCUCCUGGAACGGGCCUCGCGCUCCUCCGUGACUUUGUCCGACUGCGGGGACGGAGGCUACUCCGAAACGGAGCCCAUGCUGGCCGAGAGGAGGCUCUCCGGGGAGCAGGCGGACGAGGAGGCGGAAGAAGAAGAAGAAGGGGAGGAGGAAGGGCAGAGGUCGACCAGGCAGAACAUGCCCAAGGAGUCGCUGCUGGCCAUGGCGCUGCAGAUCUUGCUGCCUUUCCUGCUGGCUGGAUUUGGAACCGUUUCAGCUGGAAUGGUGCUGGAUAUUGUGCAGCACUGGGAGGCGUUCCAGUACAUCACGGAGAUCUUCAUCCUGGUACCGGCGCUGCUCGGCCUCAAGGGAAACCUGGAGAUGACCCUGGCCUCGAGGCUGUCCACAGCGGUGAAUGUGGGCAAGAUGGAUUCUCCCAUAGAGAAGUGGAAUCUAAUCAUAGGCAACCUGGCACUGAAGCAGGUUCAGGCCACCGUGGUGGGUUUCCUGGCUGCCGUAGCAGCCGUGGUUCUCGGUUGGAUCCCGGAAGGGAAGUUCCAGAUGAGCCACGCUGUGCUGCUCUGCUCCAGCAGCGUGGCCACGGCCUUUAUAGCCUCCCUGCUGCAGGGUAUCAUCAUGGUGGGUGUAAUUGUGGGUUCCAAGAAGACGGGCAUCAACCCAGACAAUGUAGCCACACCCAUUGCCGCCAGUUUCGGGGACCUCAUUACCUUGGCGAUCCUGGCCGGGAUAAGCCAAGGCCUCUACAAGUGCCUAGAUACCUACCCAUAUGUGUCGUCACUGGUUUGCGCCUUCUUCAUGUGUCUAACUCCACUGUGGAUUGUCAUCUCCUCCAAGCACCCGGCCAGCCGCACCCUGCUCUACUCUGGAUGGGAGCCAGUCAUCACCGCCAUGCUCAUCAGCAGCAUCGGAGGACUCAUCCUGGACAAAACAGUGUCUGACCCAAAUCUGGCUGGCAUCGUGGUGUACACGCCGGUUAUCAACGGAAUCGGGGGCAACCUAGUGGCUAUCCAGGCCAGCAGGUUCUCCACUCACCUGCAUUUCCACUGCGCUCCCGGGGAGGUUCCUGACGAGGCCAAGGGCUGCUACUACCCCUGCCGCACAUUCUGGGGUUCAGGAGCCAAUCAUCGCUCUGCUCAGGUGCUCCUCCUUUUGGUGAUCCCCGGUCACCUGAUCUUCCUCUAUACCAUCCACCUGAUGAAGAGCGGACACACCACGCUGACGCCCAUCUUCAUGUCCGUCUACCUGGCUGCUGCUACGCUGCAGGUGUUGCUGCUGUUGUGCAUAGCGGACUGGAUGGUGCACUCCAUGUGGCGGAGCGGCAAAGAUCCCGACAGCUUUUCCAUCCCUUACCUGACAGCUCUGGGUGACCUGUUGGGUACCGCCCUGCUGGCGCUCAGCUUCCACUUCCUGUGGGUCAUAGGAGACCAAGACAGCGAUGUGGGCGACUGAGGCGGUGAUGGCGCGAAAGCUGCUCCUGCUCCUGCCAUUGCCCCGGCUUCUCACUUUUCCUUAAGCCUUGUGGGAAUGUUGGUGCCCUUCUCUCUCUGGCCAGCACAUUCCUCUGCUUCACUUCACUUGACCCACAUGAUGGUUUGGAAACCAUUUUCCUCCCCCUCAUUUUUUUUUGUUUGUUUGUUUUUUUGUACAUACAAAAGACAUUAUAUUCCAUAAAAUUUUGACUUUUCUCAGUACAGAUUUUUCCUCUGCAUAGUUUGCACCAAAGCACUUGCAUAUUAUAUAUCGAUGGUCUUGUCAAGAGCCAUCACCCACAGCGCUGAGGAAACCUUUGCUGCUGCGUGCUGUGGCGUUCUCUGCCAGCCAAACGUCAAAAAAAAAAAAAAUCUCUUUUCUUGGUGUGUAUUUUUGGGGAUUUACCACGCACCGUGUCACAAACUUUGUUAUCUGCCUUGUGUAAUACAGCUUCGCAACAUCAAGGCAGUGGAGGGACACAGAGACGGCUGGGAUGGAGGCAAGAAAAGUGAAAAGUUUAUCCGAGGUCAGCUGAACACGCGCUUUGAACUGCCACGUUAGCAGGUCUACACCAGCACCAGGGUUAGACGGGAAUAACACACAUUUGUAACGAUGGCUGGAGAAGUCGACAUUUCUUCCUGCGUCUACGUGUUUUUAUGGUUCCGUUUUCACCAAACUCAGUUCAAGCUCUAUCCAUACAUCUCUCCAUAUUUUUGCCUUUUUUUAAUAUUUUGAGUUCUCCCACACUGUUCUCUGCAAGGAUAAGGCUAUACCAUUGUUCCUAGCUGCAUGUAAGCCAACAUGCACGUGUGCAGUUCUGAGACAUUUCUGUGUUUUUUCUUUUACGUUUUCUAACCUGAUUGAUGUUUACAUAGGGACGUAGGAACGAAAGUGUCAAAAUAAAAAUCAUUUGAUCAUUUUUAAGUUAAUUUAGUUCAUGUUCCAAUGCCCCGCUCUUGAUCAAGUUUAGAGCCCAGCAACGGUACCUGGGAUACCAUUGUGUUUGCCAGACACAUCGGUUAGUCCUCAUCCUAAAAGUGAAAACAUACGGUUUGAAAAUACAAACAAGUAUACGAGCUGAACAGUCAAAUAGUGUGUUCAUAUUUUGGAAUGAAAUAACAUUUACAUUUUUCUUGAUCGUUCAAUCUAACUGGCUCUACAACCGCAAUGCAAGAACAGUGCUGUUUCUUGAUUUAGUGUUGCAUGUCUUUCAUGUCGAUGAUUGACUGGUAACUGACAGGCCGCUGUCGCCUCUCUCUUUUAGCAUUAUAUCAUGCACGUAGCCACCACAUGUUUCAGAAGAAGAGUCAGCUGGAGACAGCAGCUGUGUUUCCAUCCACUUGUCAAUCAAAUUAUCUGAAGUCCGUUCAUAAACAUUUGUGCGCAUAAAGCCGGUGAAAGUGCGUUUCCAUUAAGCGGCUUUAAAGCGGCUAAAAACGUGGGCAUAAUGACGUCACGUGCCGAGACAUUUUAAGGUGAUUCCGUUUGUUUUCGCACCGAAUCGCGCAACGUUCAAGCUGAUGAUUGCGAACAAAGUUUGCUCGCCAAAAUGGAUCGCGCCGUUUACCUACGAAUGAUUCGUAUUGCACAAGUUAUAACAGUGCUUAUGUGCCAGCUGAUAGCGACAUAUCAAGUUGUAGUAAGACAACGACGACGCUAUCAAAACAUCGCUAUGAUGAUGCAGGUAAACGGCAGUAACAAUCUCUAAAAUAGCCAUUAUUUUUCGGUCUUAAAUUAAAUUUAAAAAGUCUCUCGUCUCCUCGUGCGGGUGUCUUUGUUGACACCCGCCAUGUCUGCAAUGAAAGCGGAAAUACGUGGCGGAAAUGAAAACAACUUUAUGGCUGGUUACAACCGUAAAAUGUAAUCGCAAUUCAUUAUUUGUUCGGCAAAGAAAGUUUCCAUCAGUGUUUAUCGUGUAAGCUGUUUACCGAUUAAGAGAAAAUCCGAUGAGAUCGAACGUACAAACUUUGUGUCUAUAUCCAAGAAAUUCAAUCGAAUAUUACAGUUUCCAUAAGGCAUUCUUCAUUAGAUAAUACUUAAUUUGCAUAAAAACGUGUGGAUGGAAACACGGCUAGUGUUUUAAAGCAACUCGUGAAGUUAACGUUAGCUUAAUUAGCUAUAUAGCUAGCUACAGCGCACCUACAGCGCAGCGACAUCUGCCAUCAGAUGUCCGUCAGCAAAACCAGCGGACCCUAGAAAUGAGAAGCUGCUCUGGUCCAAAAUCAAGGACCCAUUUUUUCAAAGAAUACUAUGAAUUUCUGUUAUUAUUGUCAUAUAAACGGCAUAUGGCUGUGGGAGAACGGAAAGCUACAGCCGUAGCGACGGGAUCUAGGUAGAGCAGCGCUAAGUGAACGGUUAGUUAUUGCUUUGCAUCGACCAAGCCACAGAUACUUUUACUUUCAUCUUUUCAGCCUCCUAUUAUAUAAAUGUCAACAGCACUUUUCUCUCAUGUAAAACAAACCAUGAAAUCAUCUGUAUGAAAUGUCAACCUCCUCAUUAAUUUCCUGUUUUUUUUUUUUUUUUCUUGCCCUCUCUGUUAUGGUUUUGGUCCGGUUGCGUGCACGCAGCAGGAGCACUGCGCCAGUCCGGCCGGAAAAAUUCAAACAUUCCACAGUGGAGGUUUCACAUGCUGUUUGCAGCGCAUGUGUGCAUAGUAUCUACAUUCAUGCUCACAAUUAAUCCGCAGCUUUCAUGUUAUAACUCAUUUCAGACUAAUCAACAUCAGUGUGAACACAACCUGAUUAAACACCAGAUUUCAUUGGCUUUUUCAGAAGAUGCCAUGUGUUCAAAAGGUCAGAGAAAAGUGAUCCAGAUAAAGCACCCUGAUUGUUAAAUUGGUCGUUCUGACUCCUGGAGAAAUUACAUGGGGGGGUGGGUUGGGGGGGGGACAAGCUUACUUAUCAACUCCUAAAUCAAACCUUAAUCCGAUAACUCGGCAGCACAUUGCGCGCAUGGCUCUUAUCAACUCCCAAUGUGUGCCUCUUGAGAUUCACUGGUUCCUCUCUGUCAUGUCAUUAAUGCAAAUGUCUUUCUGCAGCAUUGCAAUUCUGUGCAAUGCUUUCCUUCUGUACUCCCUUUCAGUUCUACGACGAUGACUAUUGCAUUUUUCAUUCUAAAAUGAUGUUUUAAUUACUGGCAUGGAACUAUUUCUAGAGAUCAAAGUUGUCAGCAUCUAGAGGGUGACAUCAAUUUGGUUCAAAGUGGAUAUAUAUCCCUUUUUGGUAUGAAACCUUUUACUUGCAGUUGUGGCUCAUAUGAGCCGAAAAUGUCUAAAUAAAUGUUUUUGGAAUUUA